UCUUCCUACCCACUAAUGUGCUGGGCAUUUGCUUUACAAACGGUAAGUAAACUUCUACACCUGGAGAUUAUCUUGUUUAUGUUGUGGAUUGACACUACACACUUAGCAGCCAGGUUACAGGCACAAUACUCUGAGCUACUUAGAGGACAAUAGCAACAGAGAGGGCCGGGCUUAGUGACAGUUAAGACAAGCAAAUAUUCACCCUUAGUUACCUUUCUGUGAUGUUGCAAUUUGCAGCACAAAAAUGCAUUGAGAGAAAGGGCAGAAAAAGCUGUGCCUGUGAUCCUGUGAUGAUCAUCUGUACUUUUACCUGGGAGGGAAACUAAAGCUUUUCUCUUCUUCCUUCAUUUGCUCACAAUCUGAUUUUGUUUCUUUUUUUUCUAAUGGAAUUAUUCUGUGAAGAUCAUGGAGGGGAAGAAAUGAGGAUUGAAAACCUCUCUGCCUUUGCUUAGCUUUUUAACCUGUUCUUGCCUGCCUGCUCUUCCAGGAGACUACUGCAAUGGCAGAUCCUUCAGUGGUGGACCACUUGACACGACUGAGACUCAAACUCCUAGAAAAGAGACUAGAAAAUGAACAGGAGAACCUAGAGAAGAUGGAGUCGCCUCUUCCAGCUGCAAGAAACAGAUGUGAGGAUAUGCUACAAAGUGCCUUAAAGCGAAGGAAGGAUCUCUUGCAGGAGCUAAGGGAGCAACGCUUUCUGGAAGAGCUUUCGCAGCCCCCUGCACCAGCUGGAGGACUCUGUCACAACCACAGAGCUGCUACCCCACACAUCUACCAGAUACCUUUUCCAGCUCCAGAGGAGCCACCAAGGAUUAUCCAGCAGAUGAUGCCACCUCAGCCUGCCACCAUCAUCCAGCAGCUACCUCAGCAGCAGUCUCCUCUGAUCACACAGAUCCCCCCUGCCCAACCUUUUGCAGCCCCCCGCUCUGGAAGCAUUAAAGAAGAUAUGGUAGAGAUGAUGCUCAUGCAGAAUGCUCAGAUGCACCAGAUCAUCAUGCAGAACAUGAUGCUGAAGGCUCUGCCACCAAUGCCAUUCACACAGCCUGCUGGAGCCAGCCCUCCCCUGCUUCAUUGUGCACAGCAGGUGGCCCACAUACUGACAGAACAUGUUCCUCUCAACUGGACCAUAGCAUUGCUGAAGUAAACCUGUAUUUGAACAGUUCUAUCUGAUUGACAGCCUAGUGUCAGUAAGACUGCGCAUUGUUGGUAUAGGAAGUAGCAGAACUCUGCCCUGCCUGUGUGAACUGGCUUCACACACUGCUUGGAUAAAUAAUUCUCAGUGAUGAAGAACAGAAGGAAAUCUGCUCCUGCAGAGUUUGAACACUGAGGUGCAAUAAGUGCGGUCCACGUUUUCAGCCCCAGGAGGGCUCUGAUUCCCCAUCUUUCCCAAAUCUCAUAGUUACAAAGCUGGCCAAGGCUUUCUUCCCAAAGAGCUAUUGGAAGCUAACUUAAGCAGCUUAGAAUUGCAUAUAUUUGUUUCAUUUCUUUCCCUCAUAUAAUCA